AUGUCCUGGAUAUUAAUUGACUGUUGCUCAAAUCCAAGCGAAUGCUACAAAGCGACUCCACAAACGGGCUCACGAGAGAACAUACCACUCGCAUGCCUCCCCAUCAGUAGUUUCACCGUUACACUGGUAAUCAGCCGAGUGCCAAAAACUCUGAAGAGCCCUAAGAAAGAGUUGUCCGCUUUUCUGGCGUUUGUGGAGAAAGUUUUUAAUGUGAUGGAAUCGGACCCGAGUGUGGAAUGGCGUCAGGUUUUGAAGCAGAUUCGCCUGAUUCGUCUGUGUUUAUCGCCCGCUUCUAUCGCGGGGCGGGACGGAGUUCAAGCCAAGAAGAAAUUUGAUCGUAAGCAUGAUAGAAAAUACACCAAAAUACUGGCGAAAGGAAGAAAGCCUUUGCUGCUGAGUUGCUUAUUAGAAAACGUAAUCAGCCGAGUACCAAAAACUCUGGAGAGCCCUAAGAAAGAGUUGUCCGCGUUUCUGGCGUUUGUGGAGAAAGUUUUUAAUGUGAUGGAAUCGGACCCGAGUGUGGAAUGGCGUCAGGUUUUGAAGCAGAUUCGCCUGAUUCGUCUGUGUUUAUCGCCCGCUUCUAUCGCGGGGCGGGACGGAGUUCAAGCCAAGAAGAAAUUUGAUCACCGAAUUAGCCGCAGUACGUCAACUGGUGCAACGACCACUUCGUCCAGGCUAGACCCAAAGCUCGAUACGGUCCUUCGUCAGAAGCGGGAAAUAUGGUUCCUUCUGGACAAACUUCAGGAAUUUAUGAAUAUAAGAAAAUUCUUUGAAGAACAGUCUGGACUCAUCGUACAGACAGUAUUGAAAGAUGACGAAACUGGCCCGUUCAGUCAGGCAGACAUUGAACUUAUGUUUCGGGAAGUGGUGUACAGUGCUCCAAGGGAUAUCAUUUGGGAAUAUUUGUCACGGUGCAAAAUCGUGCCCAAAACAAAGGAGAUGAAGCAGCUUUUGUUUGCAUCCGCGGGAAUUCGUGUCGAUAAGCAGUCGGGUUCGUUCAACCAAAUCUCAUCCACAGCCGACACCCACGGUUGCCCAUGGGAAGCUGAUCACACGAUCGACAAGUCGAAUUUUAGAAAUUCAGUCAAGGUUCACAUCAUUCCAAGUGAAUACCGAGGGAAAAAUGAGACAGGCACUUCUUUGUUACUCUCUACUGAACGGAGUAUGAACGAACAGGUGAAGCAGAUGCACAGUGGGCAACAACAACAACACUGGGUAGGCUGCUUGGAUUCGGAAUCGGCCUAUCACAUUCAUCAUCCAAAGCAUGAACUUUCUUCCUCGGUGAGCAGCGUCACUACUUUGGUGAAUGAACUUUCUCAACAGAACGGACCAGACGAUCUCAAAUACAAACCCUCAGUUCAUGUGACAACAUCCAUAAGGGAUAUAAUAAACGAAAGGCAGACAAAUGGCGCCUCUAUAGACCGCAGUAUUUCAACCAAAAGUCUUCAACCUGCUGAGAGCACAAGCUUUUCUUGGCCUGUUGGUGAGAUAUUCGUACCUUCAAGAAAACAUGCCCAAUCACACCCCGAUGAAGUGAUCAAAGUGGUUGACUUCAGCAUGCACGCGCAUUCGGAACCCUGUUCCGCUCCGGAAAACCAAGAUUAUCGGUACGUCACAAAAGAAAAUGGAACGAAAUAUCACGUGGUCGAUCGAAACAGUGGAAAGCCUUUGAAGUACACCGAAGCCAUAGCAACAAAUAUGAGAUGUGCGCAAAAGCACACAACCAAGUCUGAUGGGUGA